AUGUUGAAUGAUGAUACUCGAAAACCAAAGAACAGAAUGCCUCGAUUAUUUAUGAAUGAUCUUCGAAAUACCAAAACACAAAUCAAAUCAUGGUGGCAUCAAUUCAAGAGGAACAGCGAAUCCAGCAGUGUAGAUGAUUCCUCCUCUCAAACAACGCUUGAUUGGAGAUCUCUCUCUCCUGAUCGUCCUCCACUCCCGUUCUUUCUGUCCGAUAACUCAUCCAAUUCAUCCACCACAUCCGUCCAUAAUGACAACCUCAUCGAUAAAAAACCUAUAUCAUCUAUACCAGCAUUAUUAGCAGACACUACAUUAAUUGACCCAAGCAUAGACUCCAAUAGUAAAAAUACCAAAGAUAAUAAUAGCAUACCCAAGUCCUCUUCUGCUUCCAACAGUAGAAAUAAUACCGUCGACAACUAUCAACCUUUGUGUCCGAUCCUCGAAGAAAGCGAAACCAUGGCAACAGACUCAAACGAAUCCAAUGUCCUAUUAAACAGCAACAGUCAAAUACAACAGCACAGUUCAUCUCGAGCAAGUCAUGCAGCAACUGACUCUUCCUCAUCCAUUCAACUCGACCAUCUUGACAACAAGCAAACAGUUUCACUUGCUGCUGUUUCUAGUGUUCAGGAACCUUCUGCAGAUCAACAACAGCAACCCGAAAUAUUGGCUUCCGCUGCUCCUGCUGCUCCUUCUGCUUCUUCCUCUUUAUUGGAUACUGAUUCAAGCAAACCAUGGCCUGAAAUUAAAGCAGUUCAAAAGACUCCUAGCGACCGGUACAUGCCACUUGAUCUUGUAGGUAACGAAGAACUUUGCAAAAGGAAGUUCGCCAAGAUGGUGCUCGCUGCUAACAAGUUUCAAAAUCAACAACAACGAGCACAAGAACAAGACGAGAGGCCUAGUCAGAUGGCUCUAUUAUUUGAUGUGGAUGGUAACAUUGAUAUGAUGCGUAUGGUGCGUCAGGGAAAAUCCGAAUAUCACAAAUUCUGUGGCAAUUCUCAGUACGUUCCACCUGAACUCUCGGUAAAUGUCGAGUAUCAAAGCGAACUCGCAGACAUCUGGGUGUUGGGUGUCUUUUUGUAUCGCAUGCUGGUUGGAAAAUAUCCUUUCUCUGCUGCAAAUGAUCAGCAACUGUUCAAAAAGAUGUUGCACAGCGAUUUUAGUAUCCCCAAUGAGCUAUCGGAUGAUGCCAAAGAUAUUAUCAAACGCAUGCUGGCUCCUGAUUCUUCACGCGCGUCAUUGGAUUUGAUUAUUUAUCAUCCUUGGAUCAAGUACUAUAGGCCGCUGUUAUUGGAUCAUUAUCAUAAUGGUAACAAUCACAACAAUAACCAUACUGGUAACACAAUGAAAGCCAAUAGACCCAUUUUUAUCAACAACAAUAACAACACAACAGCAGCAAGACGUCCGCCACUUUCCAACAUACAACAAAAAAAGCGAAGCAUACUUGGUAGCAGAUCCAUUCGUAGAUCCAACAGUGUCAACACCACUACUCCAUCCUCUUCGACAUCAUCUACUCAAGAACCCAAACCUAAGAAAGCCAAGCCGAAUACAAAGCAAAAAGGAUUCAUAAAGAAAGCGUUUUUGCUCUUGUUCCAAGGCCCUUUUCCACCACCAAAGAAGCCCUAUCAAGAAUUAGCCCACUUGGGGACCCGUGAAUCUGUAUUUGCUAAACAUAGAACGUAA